GUGCCACUGCUCUCUCUCUCUCUCUCUCUCUCUCUACAGGGCCUCUGCAGAUCCUUCCAUCAGCAGAUGAUGAGUGAGAAAGUAGAGAGAGAAAAUGACAGCACGGCUUGAAAAAUAAAAUAAAUUUCCAAAACAAAAGCCCCCCACUUUACUGCCACUGUUGUAUUUGUAUUGUAUCUCGCUUUGUGUUCCGCCCUUUUUCUUCCGUCACUUUCUCGGGAAAAUUGGAUUCGGCCGCGAAGGUAUGUAUAAGAACCAAUUGCAAGAGUUAGCGCAGAGAAGUUGCUUCAAUUUGCCAUCUUAUUCAUGCAUUCGGGAAGGACCAGAUCAUGCUCCUCGAUUCAAAGCAACUGUCAACUUCAAUGGAGAUACUUUUGAAAGUCCUACAUUCUGUCCUACUCUUAGACAGGCCGAGCAUGCUGCAGCGGAGGUAGCAUUGAACACACUUGCAAAAAGAGGCCCUUCCAGAGCACUAGCUGCAAGAGUAUUGGAUGAAACGGGGGUUUACAAGAACUUGCUUCAGGAGACUGCUCACAGAGCUGGAUUGAACCUUCCUGUUUAUACAACUGUUCGAUCUGGACCUGGCCAUGUGCCUGUGUUCUCAUGUACAGUUGAGCUAGCAGGAAUGAGCUUUACGGGGCAACCGGCUAGGACAAAGAAACAAGCUCAGAAAAAUGCUGCAACUGCUGCUUGGGCAGCCCUGAAAAGAUUGGCUCAACGUGGCUCGUCUUCUUCCUCGGUGGAGCCUAGAGGCAAUGAAGAACAGGAACAAGUCAUUAUUGCUCGUAUUCUUGGAAGUUUGCGGCCGUCUGAGUCUAUUAAUACUCAAAAUGAUUGCCGACAUGGACAGCAAACAUACAUUCCCAUCUUCCAGAAAUCUACCCUGCCAACACCAAGCUUAUAUCCUAUGCAAUUCCAUAACUGGGGUUAUUCUAAUUAUUCCCCUGAAAUAGGAAUGUACGGAUUGUGGCGGGAAGAGCAACUAUUACAGCAACAAAAUCGCCUGCUGGCGCUUCCUAUUUUACCAGUUUCUCCAUCUGUUCCUCAGAUAUUUCCAUUUAUGCAAUCCGUGCUUCGCCCAGAUAACUGUCUAUACUUUCCAGCAAGAGGGCAAGAGUCGACCUCUGCGGGACCCAGAAUUACAAUUGCUACCUCAGGCCCUUCAUUUUGCUUCUCAAACCAUUUGGUUCCUAGCCCGCCGAUGAGGGGCAAGUCCACGGUGACUAUUCAAGAGAUACAGGAAGAAAAGCCAGAAGAAUCACCCAGGUACUCUCCUUCUAUAGUUUCAGAUCCCUUUAGUCCCGCAAGCAGCGGCGCUGAAGUAAGAGUCCAGGAACAAGUUCAGCAUGAGAAACAGAACCUAGGAGAGUUAGAAAGCAAAAUUGGAAACCUUCAGCUGGAAUGCAACAACCCAACUGGGCAAUCCGGACAUGCUCACCCUAGAAUCGUGGAUUCUAGUUUUAGGCCAGUGGACUUAAGGUUACAAAAUCCUCGUGGUUUCGAAUCUUGUAGGCCCAAUUUGAGGCCCCAAAAUCCACCAAGAGUAAGUAGUGCUAGAAGUCUAAGGCCGCCAUCUGCUGCAGAACCUGUAAUAAUCAGAACUGUAAGGCCCUCUUCUUCUCCGGGGUCUAGACCACAAAAUUUUCCAAGCAGGAAUCCUGCUCCGCCAAGAAUGAGAACCGGGAUCCCCUCAUCUUCAGCCGCGCAAUUGCCUGAAAGAAUGCAACUGGGAGGACUACGACCUAGCUUCAUGGCACCAGCUGUUCGAAUUAGAUCAGUUGUACCAGUUUGUUCAGCCCCACCAGCAAGAAAAAUGUCAAGUUCCAGCCGGGAGAGAGUGUUACCGGAGAUGGAGAAGAAGGAUACUAAUCAAGACGACGUGCCAAAAGAAAGUUGAGAGCUUGGUAAGCUUCAUUUUUUAUCCAAAAUUCCAAACAUACAUAAUACAGAAGUUCUAAUAGAUGUGAUUAGUUUAUCUUGUGAGGAACCACAGCAGUUUGAGGCGCGGAAGCCAUUGAUGCUUCUGCAAAGUAAUUUGAAUAAAUGAGUCGUUUUUUCGGUUUCGGAAUUCUCCAUGUGUAAGUUUCAUACUGUUCUUUGAGCUUAAUCAGGUUGAGACAUUGAUUCUGAAUUUUCAUAAAUAUGAAUGAGAUAUAUAUACUGGCAGGCAGAAGUUGUAAGACAAUUAGCUUUAUAUAAUCGAAAGGGAACGUUGUUGCAUAUA